AUGGCAAAAAGCAAUUUUGUAUUCACGCAGUGCGUCCUGUAUUUUCUAGCUUUUAUCUUUGGGUUUAUCGCAGUGGUGCCUCUCUCGGAGAAUGCUGAGGACUUCGGAGGGAAAUGCUUGCUCUUCACGCGGGGUAUGUGGCAGAAUGAGAACAUCACGGUGUCCAAGCAGCGCUUCAUCGUGGAGGAGUGGGGACCGCAGUCCUCCUGCAGCUUCAUCACCUUCGCUGGCGUGGCCUCCCUUGUGCUGGCCGCGGUUCAGGCCUGGAGGCUGCUCUUCCUCAUCUGCAAAGGCCAUGACGACUCCAUAUUUAAUGCCUUCUUGAACCUGCUGAUCAGCUUGUUUGUGGUGUGUGCCGUGUUCCUGUCCAGCACCAUCGUGACUGUGGGCUUUAACCUGUGGUGCGAUGCUAUUACUGAGGGGGGCAGCAUGCCCAGCAGCUGCGAGGAUUUACAGGACACUGAUUUGGAGCUGGGGUUAAACAACUCUGCAUUCUAUGACCAGUUUGCCAUUGUGCAAUUUGGACUGUGGGCUGCUUGGUUGACCUGGUUGGGUAUCACGUUCAUGGCCUUCCUGAAGGUCUACCAUAACUACCGUCAAGAAGACCUGCUGGAUAGCCUAAUCCAUGAGAAGGAGUUCCUACUGGGUCGUUCCUCACGCCGCUGCUCUGACAUUCUGGAUAAGAAAAGUCCCAUGAUCUGAUUCUGUCUGGAAGCACAAAACAUGGUCCAGUUAUCUGAAUGUGAUGAUUUGAGAUGAGACACAAAGCUGACAUGCACGGAAAUGAAUAGUAUUUCAAGGUUCUUUUU